GACUUAUGACUGGUGAAGCUUAAGCUUGAAGUCAAUCUUUCUGUAGUCGCAACAAACCCACCGUCGGCGUCGUCCACUAUGGCGCCGAAAUGGGACAAGUAUAGCCGACUCGGUCUUGACGUCGCAUCGACGGCGACUGCUAUUGGGUUCUCCGCCGCCAAGAUAGGCACCAAACUGGGGUUUUCAAUCACACGGGGAAUAGCAUCCACCGCAGCUGACCUCACAGGCUCUGCGGUGGAUCAUGCCUUCUUCGGCGGAAGCAUCGGUGCGGGAUCUCUUCUGGGCGGCGCGGUAUCCACCGCCAUCUCUACCAUCGAAACGCUCGCGCUCGCGCCCAUUCUGAUCGGCGAGUCUCUCACGUCUACAUCCCUGGUUGCUGCGCACUCUACUCUAUCUGUUCUGGCAACCAUCUUCCCUGGGAGCGAUGAGGCCAGCUUUUCUCUUGCGAGUUUUGUUGGACUUGUCCGGAGAGAAUGGACUGAGCCGGUUGAUAGUGAUGGGCUCCCGGAAGAGCGUUAUGGAAUUGCCCGGGUGAUGAAGGCCCUUGUAGGUUGGGCUACGCUGCAAGGCGUAACGAGUCAAUGGCAGGAGCAUCGGUGGCUCCGGGUCCUGCGAGAACUCGAGGUCCAUGAUCCACUGGACGUUGGCGCAGAAAGUGACAGCGGACAUCACGCGCGAACAAAUAUCGGCUCAGAUGUACAUAUCACGAACGACGUGAUAUAUCCUAGCCACGGUGGCCAGAUUAUCACCGCCGACAUCGGUGAGACCACAUCUGAUCUAGCGAGGCUAACAACGGAACGCACGUCCUCUUCCUCGGAUGCUGCUCGCAUGACCGAUGCACAGCUGAAGCAAACGCUCCGCCGUUUGUCCAAGAUGGUGCUUGCCGGUUAUGGAGGACCCAGUCUCCUGUUCUUUGGUGUUCCCUGGAAUACAUCUGGCGCGUCAUCCAGCUCUUCCGACAAGGAGAAACAAAAGGAGGAAUCGAGACUGGCGAGUGCAGUAGGCGCGUCCGAAGUGGAAGUAGCUUCGGGCAGUCGUUCCAACCCUCGCCAAAACAGCACCCAUUCCGAGCCAGGAAAGCAGCCAUAUUCAUGGUGGAAUGUCUUAAUGGGCCGGCAUGACCACGAGAUAUUCCUGGAUUCCGCAAACUCUCGUCCUACGGAAACUAUCGCCUCAUCCUCUGGAGAUCCAACACCGCCUGCGACGCACGCGCGUCCCUCGACCGCCUACGUUGGCUCUGAAAACCUGAUGCCGCGCUUCUGGGUGCUCACGGACCAUGCCCGACGGGAAGUCGUGCUCGUCAUACGCGGUACAAUGAGUCUGAACGAGCUCGCUGUCGACCUCACCUGCGAAGCCGCGCCGUUUGAGCUGCACGCACGGCGGCCGAACUCAAAGGGCAGGCAUCAUAAGCCUCGAUCAGAACCGGAGCCGGAGCCGGAACCGGAGGACGAUGCGUGGAGUGAGUUCGACGAAGUGCUGGAGAGCAUUCCCGGCGCGUUUCCCAUGGACAUCUCUACGCCGCCUCGCAAGCGCUCGAAAACAACUACUAACAAGAAGAAUGCUACGGUCGACGACCGGCCAGCACCAGUGGUGAACGAGCCGGACACGGACACGUCAGUCCACCUGGUACACGGCGGAAUGCUGAAGAUGGCGCGAGCGAUGGGCGCGCCGGGAAAGCCUGUCCACGUUGCGGUGCGGGAUGUGUUGAGGCGGAACCGGGGUUACUCUCUCGUACUUUGCGGUCAUAGUCUUGGCGCAGGCGUCGCAGCCCUCCUCGCACUGAUGUGGGCGAACCCAUACACGCGCCUCACCCACCGGCGUUCUGGCUUACCUCAGCGCCGCACCGUCUCCGCAUACUGCUUCGCGCCGCCUUGCCUCACAUCUCCGCGCCUAGGUAAGAUCGCGGGCGAGUCAGGGCUGAUCCUGUCGUUUGUGCACUCGCACGAUGUCGUCUCGCGGCUCGCGUUGGGCAGCGUGCGGGACCUCGCGCGGUGUGCGAUGUGGCUGUGCAAGGCGGAAGAGGCGCACCAUGAAGGAUAUUCGACCAUUACCAAACGUGCGUUGAAGUGGACAUCGGGGCUCGGGAAGGAGGAGGACACGGAAUGGUUCAUUGCGAUGCGCAAGACGCUUGAAGCCAAUAUGCAAAUGACCGAGCUCUACCCACCCGGCCGGGUUUGGUGGGCUCUUCGGGACGGCGAUCUGCACCCCGCCCACCGCCUGCGGGACGCCGAUGGCAAGCUGAAGGGGCCCAGCAGCGGUGAGCAGAAGGUACGCCUGUUCGAGGUGUUAGACGUCCCGCAGGCCUUUGGGCAAAUCGUCUUCGCACGGGACAUGCUCAGUUCGCAUUUGCCGCACCAAUAUGAUCGGGUUUUGCAUGAUUUACUGUAGGUUAUAUUCGCUAGUGAAGUUAGUGGAGGAUUCUGUUCCGCAGUUGCGCCUUCUUUACAGUACGAGCCCGCUGGUACGGAUUGUAGACAUCAACUCACCCGGAAUAGCUUGUAGCAUAGUGUAUAUAGAGCAAUAUUGAUAUGGAUGGAUUCACGCUCGGAA